AUGGCUCAGUUUUCUUUGGCAACAUUGAUGACUCUUGUAGUAAUUGCAGUGUUGCCAGACACUUCUGUGUCCCACAUUAUCGGGGGUGGCCACAACACAAAGCGCUAUCCUGGUAUCGUGAACUCUGGCAACAGUAAUCUUCUCAACUCGGCAUUGUCUGAACUAUCCAGCUUAGUCAGCGGUGCUCGCAGCAACCAGCGAGAAUCACCGACCAAUGAAGAUCAAGGCAGCAGUGAUGAAGCUGAGGACAACCGUUCUGAGUCGUAUAAUGGGGCUGACAUCAAUCACAUUAACGUUAGACUUCCACCUAGCGUUUUCGCUGGAAUGGAUCGUGUCAACCCUUUCAUCAGAAAUAAACGACAAGCGUGCCAGAUGACCCAUGACUUGACCCGCAAUUUGAAGCAAAUGAUCUCACGUCUCAACAGCACCAUGUACCUGGGUCACAUGCCACAGCAGUCCUCUGAGAGCAUGAUUCCUGACCACGAGCCUCCAGUGUGUCCCACAAACACCAAUGUGCUCUCCUCCAGCACCGAGGAGAGGCUGAGAUCCAACUGCCCAUGGAAGCUGACCCGCCGCGAUCUGGGGCCUAACGCAUAUCCCAGAUACGUUCCUGAAGCUGUCUGUAUCUGCAGCGAGUGUGUUGGAUCCGCCAUGAACUCCUGCCAGACACUGACUGCACCCGUGACCUACUUUGAGUUGCACAGUUGCCAAGAUGACAUGGCUUUGAUGGUGAAGAAGGUCGAGAUGGUGGCUGUCGGUUGUUUCUGUGCUGGUCCAUCUCCAAACUCGGCAGCUGACCCUCCGUCAGCUAACAACAACGCAGUCAACGAUUACUGA